CCCUUGUAUAAAAAAUUGCCAUUUUAAAUAAAAAAACAAGAUAUUUGUAAAUUUGAUUUUUAUUCUGCCAAUAAAUUUUAGACAGCUAUGACCCGUCACUCUCGUAACAGCACAGCAGGAUGUGUAUACACUUACCAUGAGAGACAGAAGGAUCAGUCACAGUCUGGGUAUGGCAGUAAACAGCUGCGGCUUGGGAAAGAUUCAGCUAGGGAGUUUGAUUGUUGUUGCCUCACCUUACAGCCUUGUCGGAAUCCCGUUGUGACUAAAGAUGGUUACUUGUACGACAAGGAGGCACUGAUCACUUACAUUUUGCAAAAGAAGAAGGAAAUUGCAAGAAAACUCAAAGAAUAUCAAAGACAGAAAGACAGAGCAAAAAAUGAUGCGAAAGAAAUUGAGAGGCUCGAAGAUCAGGAACGAAUAAAGAAAUUCUCAAGUAGAACUUUGGAGGCGCCUUCAUCCAGACCAGGAACCAGCACUGGUGCCACAAUAUGCAAUAUGAAGGAAGGUAAAGACAAGCAGCUGCCCAGUUUCUGGGUCCCUUCUCUCACACCACAAGCAUCAGCUACACAAGAAGCUAAACCGGAUGAGAAGGUCCGGUGUCCAAUGAGCGGAAAGCCAAUCAAGUUGAAGGAUCUCAUUGAUGUUCACUUCACCGACAUCAAAGACAGGGACUCUAAGACUGCUCUCAUCAAUAAACAGAAUCGCUUUGUUUGUGCAGUAACAAACGAUGUGCUGGGAAACUCUGUACCUGCUGCUGUUUUAAAAACAUCUGGCUGCGUUGUAACUCUGGACUGUGUUGAAAAGCUGAUCAAGAAAGACAUGCUAGACCCCAUCAAUGGCAAAAAGAUGACUGAAAAAGACAUCAUUCCACUGCAGAGGGGAGCGUCUAGUUUCUCAGGGUCAGGUUUAACACUUGAGGCCAAGAAAGAAGGAGCAGCCAUGCAGGCUUAGGGGCUUGGCAGUUUGAUGGAUCCGAGUUGAGGGUGUUGAGAUUAAUAACCUUACCCCUAUGGCGAGAAAGAUCUGAGUUCCCUUGCCCAUUAAUUCAAUCUCAAAUAAUUUAAUCACAACAAGUUGUAAUCAAUUACAUUUUUUUGCUGUUGAAUAUAUAUUUUUUUUCUGUUGGAGUCUUGACCAAAGUUUUAAAUGAACAUAUUCUAUGGGAGAUUACACCUUUAAAGAGUAAAAAACAUACAAUUUUGUAUCAAUGUUAAUGAUUUAAAAAAACAAAACUAAAUGGUAAAAUGACUUGAGACUAAAAUUGUUAUUUAACUUAAAAAAUGUGAUAAUGGGGUCAGGACCUUCCAAUUAUGUUCAGUGUAAAGUUCAAAGAUAUAUUUAAACUGAGGCUCAUGAAUAUGUACAGUUAUGAGUGCACAAUUUGCAAAUUUGUUUCUGUCGUAACAUCAUUUCAUUUUUUAAAUGUCAGAUAUAUAUCAUUAUUUGGCCCUUAUAAUGUUGGAAGAACUUAAGGUGGUGUUACAAUGUCACUAUAAAAGUAACUAUGAUGCAAUCAUUUUCUCAAAUUCAAUUCAGAACAUGAAAUUAAUAAGAGAACCUCUUCAAUACUUCAAACGUUUUACAUAUCAUAAUGUUUUUACUUGUUAAUAGCAUUUCUUUUAACUGGGCUCUGGUUUUUACUGUAACUGUAAUAUGGGUGUUGAUGGGGAAACUAUAUACACAAAUUCUAAAGUUUAAUACCACUAAGGUGAAUUGAAAGGUUUUAAAAUUGGUGGAAGUAUUGUUUAAAUGAAAAACAAACUCAAAACGAAUGGCAUUAUGAAGAAGUUUUAAUGCAAAUAUGACAUGUAAAAGAUAUACAAUAAUUCAUAACUUAAGUGAAGUAUUUGAAAACUUAACAGUAAUACACAUAUUUUGUUCAGUAAGGGAGAGACGUAUUCCUCUAUUUUUAAGGGAGACUAGUCUUUGCCAGAGGAAAUCCAUGGACUAAGAACUGCCAAAGCAGACCAAACAUGAAACAGUGGAAAUCAUAUUAAAGAGCCUAAGAAGUGUUUAUUAAAUAGCACUAAUCCCUUCAGCUCAACAUUUUGUGAAAGUGAAUCUGGUGAAAAAUUACACAAACAAAAUGUAAUUAAAAAAGAAUGCUUGCAAUUAAAAAAGAAUGCUUGCAAUUAAAAAAGAAUGCUUGCACAAGUUCAAACAAACUUAAAAGAAACCUAGAUAUUGUCAGUAAUUAAUUCCUUUGAAAGUUGUAGAUUUCUUAAUUGGUUGUUUACUUUUAACUUUUAUAUUUUAAAAACCGUAGUCAAAAGUGGUUACUGUGCAUGUAUACCUAUUCCAUAAAUCAGAUUUUCAUAUGGAUUAAACAUUAGUUUGAAUGCCCCAUACUUUUUGUUUCAUGUUACAGUACAUUGAUUCAACUGAUAGGUCAUUAUUUAUCUGAAGAUAAAAAAUGCAUUUCAUGUAUAAGAAGAAUGAACUUUCAGUACAUAUUCAAUUAUAUUUAAAUGUUUGAAGGGAAAUAAUGUAUAAAAUGCAACAACAAAGUAUAUAACAAUUUAUCUUUACAUAUACUUGUCUUUUAAAUUUGUAUAAGUGUCAAAUGUAAAUACAUAUUGCCAUUGAAUAAAUAAUAAAACAUGAAUAUA